CUGAUUUUCUAAAAGGCAAAAAUACGGGCUUAAACAUGCAAUGGGUUACUCUUUGUGCAAUAAUAAUGCAUUCGCCUUAAUUUGCUCAACUUUUAUUCGUUGAAAAGUCAAAAUGUUAUUUUUGUUCAACCAAAAUAUUUUAAAAAAAAAAGUUGAAUACUAUCGAAAAAGUAUGGAUUUGCACAUCGAUAAGAUAACUUCCGACGUGAAAUUAUCAGACGACCUGACGAGGCAACUGGAAACUACUCGGCUACAUGCUCAAUCAUAUGAUAAACUGGUUACAAACGAAUUUAAAGUGUUGUCAGGUACAGAGGGUGCCAUUGCCGAUGCAGUCACACCUUCCGAUGUGCAUGUUUCCUCAUCUUCCCAGUCAGUAAAAGAAGCACAGAAAAAACUUACAGAAAUAUCGGAAAAUGUUGCAAUUCAGCAAAGGUCACUGCAGGUCGAGCUUGAACAAAAUCGAGAAAUAUUAAAGCGAAGCAAACGUCUCAAAGAACAGAAAGAAAAUGAAAUGAAAGGAUGUAAGCAAAGUAUCGAACAUGAAGAAAAAAAGUUUGAACUGUAUACGGAAUUGGCUAAGGGUGCACAAGCUGACGUCGAUGAAUACGAAAAGAGGAGCGAUGAAGCUUUCGAAAGAACAAUGCAAAGCGGUGGUGUCGCCGCAACUGGAGGCCUAUUAUGUUACUUUGGAGCUGUUGCCGCACCCUUCACAGGAGGUUUAAGUCUGGCUUUAGCUGCUGGGACUUUCGCUGCUGGGACGGGUAUAGCUACUGUCUGGACAGUGUCUGCAAUACAAAACGGAGUGGAAUACGCUGAAACGAAAGACAAAAUCAAAACAUACACCCAAAAAGCGGAUGAAGCAAGAGAAAACCAAGCAAAAUGUCAAACGGAAAGAGCUGAGUUGAAAAGAAAUCUUAAAAGCCUAGAACAAGAAAUAGACUCUGCAGAAAAAAACAUUAAAGAUGUCCAGAAUAUGCUAGACAUCUACUUCCUUUUAGAAACGGAAUUGCACCAGAUCUUAAAACGAUUUCAGCAAACAGACGUAGCUAUGCACGCAGCCGCAAUUGAAACCGAAUCUUUCCUGAAAAUUCAAAGAGCAUUUACGAAACAUAGCAAUCAGACGGAAAGAUUCGAUAAAUAUGUGGAUAAUCUUAAGGAAAAGUGGCGUGAAAUGCAGGACGUCAUUCAAUUUCAGCACAAAAGAAGGAUACAACCAUAAUGUGCGUGACAAACAUUUAAGUAUAACAAACGCAUAGUGCUGUCCUAGACAUAGUCUGGAUGUCAUUUUGGAGCAGAAUUAUUUUAUUUUUCUUUAAAAAAGCAUGUAUAUAGGCUUCAUAAUUGUUUUUAAUUUAAAUUAACCACGAAUCGCAUAUGCAUUGAAAUCUAUGGAAAUUACAUUGAAGACAAAUUAACACAUUUGCUGAGUGUAUCAACCCGAAAAUGACAUUAUUACCACUUUGAUUCUAUAUGAACUAACAUACACUAUGUUGAGGUUUUUAAAAAAAAUGACGUCACACAGAACCGUGAUUAUCUCUAACUAAUAUUAUUAUACUCCAUAGGUUCAAACAAGUUUAAGGCAAAACUUCGCAGAUAGCUGUCUGUUAACUGUAGAUGUCAGCAUAUUUGUGCAGACUAGAGUAUUUCAAUGACAGCUGAUGUUGAUAUAUGGUCGUUAAGUAUCUGUAGCCAUGCUUUUUAGAGAAUGUGCUGUUGUUUUAAUAAUUCAUUAACUUAUGCUGAUUCCGAUAAGGUAUUAAUGUUGAUGGAAGUGAGAGGUUGUGCCCUGCGAAAAUGAUAUAACAGUACAAGGCGUCAGCACAAAUAAUUUUGUCUAUUGGAGAUAUUAUGGUAUUUGUGUAAUGUGUUUUUUGUAUGGUAAAGUUAUGUCUAUAUCAUAUAUGUAUCGUAUUUGUUUGACCUUGAUCUAAGUUGCAACGAUGUGAAAUAUGGCAUCUUUGACUCGACUUCACAACAAUCUCUAUUGUACUCCUGUUUCUCUGACUGUUCCAAGGCGGUAAACCUAUCUUUGUUAAGGAAGAUAUAUAUAUAUAUCCAUGCGUAGUCUUAUUUGCUGUUUAGUCAUAUUGUGUGUCUCGGGUUUGGUGAAUUAUAGGCCUUAACAUUAUGUUUGGAUCAUGGUUAUAAAAACAUGAUUAUAUGCUUAUCUUCGAAUUUUCCAUUGUUUUAUCAAAACAAAUUCCUUUUUUUUCGUUCUUGGCAACAUUAGAGUUGAGAAGAACUAGUGCCGAGUGCGUAUUGGAUGGA